AUGAAAGGGAAUUAUGAUCAAAUACGACAGAUUCCAAAAAUUGCAGGAACAGUCGAAAUUAAAUGUACAGUUAAUAUGACAACAGCUCAAAAUCUACCAGAUAAACCUCUCACACCAUUUGAAAUCGCAGAUUUUAUAAAUUGUUAUUCGCCUAACCAAGAAGUUGAAGAAAGAGAAUUGCCUUCUGACGAAGAACAUCAAUUAGAAGUUAAACACUGGGAACAGAUUUGCAAUAUGGAAGAUCAACGUAUUAGUGAUGCUGAAAAACUAUAUCAGCAAGAGCUUGAUAGGCUUCUACGUGAAUGUCCACAAAAGCUCUAA